AGCGACGCGAGCUCGGCCAUGGCCCCGGGGGCGUCCAGGCUGCGCGGCGAGGCCCGGCUCGCGGCGCUCCCCGCUAGGGCGCUCGCCCAGUACCUGCGGCUCCUCCGGCUCUACCCGGUGCUCACCAAGGCGGCCACCAGUGGCAUUUUGUCAGCCCUUGGGAACUUCCUGGCCCAAAUAAUUAAGAGGAAACGAAAAAAAGAAAACUUCUCUCCAAAGCUGGAUAUCAGUGGGCCACUCAGAUAUGCCAUUUAUGGGUUCUUCUUCACAGGACCGCUGAGUCACUUCUUCUACCUCUUCAUGGAGCACUGGAUCCCUCCUGAGGUCCCUUUGGCAGGGGUCAAGAGGCUUCUCUUAGACCGCCUGGUCUUUGCUCCGGCCUUCCUGCUAGUGUUCUUCUUCGUCAUGAACUUCCUGGAGGGCAAAGAUGUGGCUGCUUUUGCUGCCCAGACAAGACGGGGAUUCUGGCCUGCACUGCAGAUGAACUGGCGCAUCUGGACCCCACUGCAGUUUAUCAACAUCAACUACGUGCCUUUACAGUUCCGGGUCCUGUUUGCAAACAUGGUGGCCCUGUUCUGGUAUGCCUACCUGGCCUCUCUGGGAAAGUGAAGGUGGUCUGAAGAGCUGCUCUACUGGUGUGGAGAAGGGUGGAAUGGCCCUGCCCAGAGAGCACUUUCUCAUCAUCAUCUGAUGGUGGAGAAGCAAACUGGAUAGUUGAUUCCUGUUUUUAAAAGGCAGUAGUUGACUUUAGGUAUGCUGCCCUAGAAAUUUAAGAGAUGAUUUUACUUGCCACAUAAAUUUUAGGAUUAGGUUAGGAUCACAAUAAACUCUGAUUUAGCCUUUGCACUAUAA